UUAACUAUUCUCCAUGAUGUUGUUAUGAUCGUUACUUUGAGAAUAUCACAGGAAACAAAUGUUCUCAACAAAAACUGCGGCGACUUUUCCACUUGAAAAAAAUGCAUUAUCUGUCAUCGUGUUGCACUUAUCUCUUAUUGACUUAUUUUGCGUGUAAAUACAUUUUUCUAAAUAACAAAUAUAGAAAAUCGACAGAUAAGUCAUAAAAUUGAAUAGAAGCUCUAUGCAUAUGAACACUCUUUUCAGCAGUUUCGACAGCGAAUGGUUAUGCUAAUCUAUUGGAACGGCUUACAGAAAUUGCAGUGCUGCGCUAAAUAAAAUAUAGUCAUCCGAAUUAUGCAUUCUUGAAAUAUCGGUAUUAGCUAAUUUUUUACUCGCUGUUUGACAUACGCAUACACACAGGUGAGAUGAAUCGAAGCAAUAUUACUACACGUGAAUUACGAAAAUGAAGACGUAGCGGGUGCAUUGCCUAGGAUAAAAAAUGAGCCUCACUUCAAAACUUAUCGUCGGCAAUAAGACGCACAUUCGAGCGAUAAAACAAGGACGUUAUCGUCGCUCGAUCAAUUCAAUCAACUGCAUGUAAAAGUCUUAUCUACGGAAAAAAAAGGAAAAACUACGAUGAGCGGUUUAUUUGGAUUUCACUCGUACUCUGAAAAAUGGCCUGCAAGAACUCGAACGACGCUUUCGAAUCCGUAGCCUGGGCAUGGCGACUCUUCAUCAUUUAUCCCUUCGCAUUGAGCAAUCGAAGCGCCGAAAAGAGAUUCGCCAUUGGCAAAGUCUCCGUCGUUUUGUGCUUCUUGAUUUUCGUGGCGAUCGUCGGAUAUCUGUAUUACUCGUCGGAUACCGUCAACGACUCAAUGAUGGAUUUGUCUUUGUCGUUCAUAACGCGGAAUCUGCAACAAAGCUCCAUCGUUUUGUCUUUCUUCGAUUGUGUCCUAAUAAAGUUUAUAUACCGGAAAAAAAUUAUUGAAUUCAUGGAGGGCUGCAGCGACCAAGACAGACGUCUGCAAGAUCUACGAUGCAACGUAAACUACAGCACCUUAGUGAACAAAGGUCGAAUACUCGUGGCAUUACUGCUACUUUUCACUUUACUUCGAGUGGAAUCCGAAAUUUUUACGGAUUUCAAAUGGCGCAUACCAGUUUACAUCCAAGUAUUCAGAAAUUACUUCUGUCUGCUGCAAGUGGCGAACAUCCUACUCUUCGCUUGGUACAUAAUCAACGUCGGCUGGCGGUUCCGAAUGCUGAACGACAAAAUAGCCGAGACUUUUUCACCGAGAUGCGGUGGAAAAUUACCCACGUCCACGGCGUUCUUAUCCGACGCAUCCACGAUUCACGCCGAACUCUGCCACAUGGCUCGAUCGAUCAGCGGCAUAUUUUCCCUCUGCUUGAUAAACUGGGUGAUAACCACAUUCGUACUCACCACGACCAUGAUCUACUACAUCUGCAUCGAGCUUCAAAAGAAGCUCAUUAUCAACCACGUAUUUUACUACCUGUCUUGGAUCUCGAUGUACGUAGUGACGAUCGUCAUCUCUGUGAUAGGCUGCAAUUGGACCAGCUCGCAGGCCGCCAAGACCAUCAAAGUCCUGCGUAAAGUUUCGAUAGCGAAUAUGGAAUUCGACGAUAAGAACAUUCAAAAGGAGCUGGAAAUCUUCUCUAUGCAAGUGCAACACAACAGCUUGAUAUUCUCGGCGUGGGAACUGUUCACCAUCGAUUCUUCGCUCUUGCGGUCUCUCACAACGGCAGUGGCAACGUACCUGGUUAUCUUGAUUCAGUUCGAUCCGGAUAUAUCGUGAAGCGAAUCGUCAUCAAUUUAUAAUUCAGCGGGGUGAGAACUAUUAAGCGAAUUGCAUUUUACUCGUUAAUUU